AUGGCUGCUCGAGGUCGCAAGUGGAUCAGCCACGGUCUGCUUUCUAGUGGCCCGCCGCGUAACCCUAUUAUUAUUGUCACUCUUGCUGGCUGCGUCAGCGCUGGAGGCCAGUUUGGGCUUCAAGGCUAUGGCGGCUACUACGGGGACCCCCUGCUGGCUUCUGCAGCGGGAGGCAAUUUUGCGGCCGCCGAGCGAUUCUAUCCCCCCCAACCGUACAACUUUGGCUACGAUAGCGUCGAUGAGUUCGGCACGCAAACCUUCCGCAAGGAGAAAGGCGACGCUAGCAACGCCAAGCAAGGCUCGUACGGGUACCGGGAUGCCUUCGGCAUGUUCCGACGCGUCGACUACGUGGCCGACGCGAAUGGUUUUCGUGCCAACGUACAGACCAAUGAACCGGGAACAGCGCCUGGAGCCAGCGCCGACGCCGUGUUUGACGCCAAGCCACCCGCUGCAUCGGCUGCACUGAUCCAGGGAGCAGCCUCUGGACACUAUGCCCACCGCGCGCACGCACCUGCAGGCGCAGCCUUUGGAGGUUUUAGUGGGCCGUUACCCUGGGCUGGUUAA